GCCUUUAUUAAUCUCCACGACCUGCUUCCUCGUCACCUUCGCUCUCUCCUCGCCGCACUUCUCGGCGACUGGGCACAGAAGAGAGAGAGAGAGAGAGAGAGAGAGAGAGAGAGAGAGAAGCGACCCACAUUGUGUACAUUGCGCAAACAGGGUGAGGCGAGAGAGAACCGAGACCGAGUCGCCGAUGGUGCAAAUUACAGGCUGCCUCAGUGACCAAGCAAGCUUUUACCGUCCAAAGUUGUAGUUUUUCUCUCUCUUCUUCUUUUUCCCUUUUUCUAGUUUUAGAUUUUAUAUGGCGAGUGGAAGUUUUGUUGACGGGGUGCGUCGCUGGUUCCAUCAACGUCGCUCAUCCGCGUCCCUCGCUGAUAGUCACGACCCAAAAAGCAACGGCAGUGAAAAAGAUUGCAGUUUUAGCGAAGCAAGUGUUGUUUCCGUGAGCGAAUCACGCGCGCGGUCGUCGCUAAUAAAAGAAGAAGGGGAAGAACGGCGAGGGCUUUCGGUGGUUGAAGAUUUAGACGUCUCUGGCUUGAGCUCCAUCAAAGUGCCCAAGCGAAAUCACUUCGAUUUCGGCCCCAUGGCCGUUGCUUCCCAUAAGAAGGGAGCCCUCCAAACUGAAUUUUUUACUGAGUAUGGUGAGGCUAGCCGUUACCAUGUUCAAGAAGUGAUUGGGAAAGGAAGUUAUGGAGUUGUUGGUUCUGCAAUCGAUAGUCAUACUGGAGAAAAAGUUGCCAUUAAGAAAAUCAAUGAUGUCUUUGAGCAUGUUUCUGAUGCCACCCGGAUUUUGAGAGAGAUCAAGCUCCUCCGAUUGCUUCGCCAUUCUAAUGUUGUGGAAAUCAAACAUAUAAUGCUUCCUCCAUCACGGCGAGAAUUCAAGGAUAUCUAUGUUGUUUUUGAGCUGAUGGAAUCGGAUCUUCACCAAGUAAUUAAGGCAAAUGAUGAUCUUAGUCCGGAGCAUUACCAGUAUUUCUUGUACCAACUCCUCCGCAGUCUUAAGUAUAUUCAUUCAGCCAAUGUAUUUCAUCGUGAUCUGAAACCAAAAAACAUUCUUGCAAAUGCUGACUGUAAAUUGAAGAUUUGUGAUUUUGGGCUUGCGCGAGUAUCUUUCAAUGAUGCCCCGUCAGCUAUAUUCUGGACAGAUUAUGUUGCUACUCGAUGGUAUAGAGCUCCUGAACUCUGUGGCUCCUUUUUCUCCAAGUACACCCCUGCGAUUGAUAUAUGGAGCAUAGGAUGUAUAUUUGCGGAAAUGCUCACGCGAAAGCCCCUGUUUCCGGGUAAAAAUGUGGUGCACCAACUGGAUCUCAUGACUGAUCUACUUGGAACUCCUCCACCUGAGACCAUGGCAAGGAUUCGCAAUGAAAAAGCAAGAAGGUAUCUCAGUAGUAUGAGGAAGAAGCAACCAGUUCCUUUCUCACAAAAAUUUCCUAACGUAGAUCCAUUGGCCCUGCAAUUGCUGGAGCGUCUAAUUGCGUUUGAUCCUAAAGAUCGUCCAACCGCUGAAGAGGCCCUGGCUGAUCCUUAUUUCUGUGGACUGGCGAAUGUGGAGUGGGAACUAUCUACUCAUCCCAUUUCGAAACUGGAGUUUGAGUUUGAAAGGAGAAAACUCACAAAGGACGAUGUCAGAGAGUUAAUUUACCGUGAGAUUCUAGAGUAUCAUCCUCAAAUGCUCCAGGAAUAUCUUCGUGGCGGUGAUCAAAUGAGCUUUAUGUACCCAAGUGGUGUUGAUCGGUUUAAGAGGCAGUUUGCGCAUCUUGAGGAGCACUUUGGGAAAGGCGAGAGAAGUACUCCCCUACAGAGGCAGCAUGCUUCCUUGCCUAGAGAGAGGGUUUCCCAACCUAAGGAUGAAGCUGCUGGACAGAAGAAUGAUAUUGAAAAGCGGAGCUCAGAUUCCAUAGCUACGACUCUUCAUAGCCCUCCGAGGACGCAUCAGUCUAAUGGCACGGAAAAUGGGGAUGCACAAAAUGGCCCUUACACAACAAACUGCGGUGCUCGAAGCUUGUUGAAGAGUUCUAGCAUAAGUGGUUCCAAGUGCGUUGUUGUCAAGGGAAGAGAAGCUGAGCAAGAGGAACCAACUGCAGAGGCUGAUGAUGAGGCCGUUGAUGCUUUGUCUGUAAAGGUUGCGGCCCUUCGUCCGUGAUCACUUCUAUUAUCCAAUCUUUGUGCUUGACAAAGGAGGCCAUUGUGCUCGGUCCAUCACCAGUUCCCCGCCACACAUCCUCUGGAAGGGCGCUUCUCGAUGACCUGCAUUGACAGAUCUUCCUUCAUUUCAAGCUGUAGAGCAUCAACACCGGGGCAUUGUCAUGGUAACGCCUCUUCUUUCGUAUUAGAUGGCAAUGCUUGCUCAGUUAUCGGUGUAUAACGUAUUGACUACUGAGCCCAGAACAGUUCUGCUUUCCUAUAUUACAGUAGUUGAUGCUGCAGAGAAACUUUUUGUGUUUGAAAAGAUAGGUGAUUCAGUGUUGUGGUGAAAACAAAGAACAACAGAGUCUGUUCUCGUCCCGUAAAGCCGGUGAUUUUGGCUAUUAACGUAUGAAAAUGAGACUAGCUGCGCUCGACGUAUCUUUUCUACUGUCGAA